UUACUCAGCACAACCAUCAAAGGUCAAAGUGCAUAAUUACUUUUUGUGCUGUUAUUAUAGUUUCAAGUAAGUAUAUUAAAUUAUAUAGUCUACACAGUCUUGAAAAGCAGUUCACUAUGCCAGUUAUAGCAAAGACCGAGUACCUACUGAGCCCAGAACAUCUCCUAUCUCGACAUCAACAUCAUGUGUCAGGAUUUCACCAGACACCCACACUGCCCCAUUCAAUCUUAUUGAACGGCAAUACACUGAAUCGUUCUCUCUUCAUCUUCCGUACUCACCACAGGGCCUGUGCAGAGAGGAGAAAAAUUGGUCUUAGCUAUGAGUUACAAGUGGAAGCUAUCCGGACUGGCAAGUUUCUAGAGAAGAUUGACUGCCCACCAACCACAACCAAACACACUCAUUCCACUACCAAAGAACCAGAGAAACACUCACAAACUGACCAGGAGACCACUUGUGGGACAAAACCUGAACCAAUGGAUACUCAUCCCUUCAAACAUUCUCCUCUGAGUCCACUGACCAAUCCAAUCUGUCCACAUAAACCACAUGAUUGCUCCACUGACACCAAGCCGAACUUAAACUGUUCCACUGACUACAACACUGCAAUGUUAUACAAUAUGAACGGUGAACGACUAACUGGAAAAACUUAUAAUCACAGCGGCCUUGAAAAUAGAGUAUUAGUAAAAACUGAACCUGGCACUGAAGAAGCCACACCACAUCAUUGUGCAUCACCAAUAGAAAAUCGACCAACAAAACCGACUACUCUGAUUCCAAGAGGAAAGAACAACACUGGUCCCCCCAGAACAAAACGGAGAAGAUACUCCAUCUCAACAUCUGUCACUCCUCUAUCCUCAAGCUACUCUGACGAUGCUGGGGAUGAUCUGAGCCUGUCUGCUGAGGACUGUAUAUCUGGAGUAAUCAGUACACCCCAUAUCAAGCCACUAGAGGAAGGAGAUGACAUACUAACAACACCAUCACCAGCCACAACACCAACACUCAGUAGAAACAAGACGAAUGCGCACAGAACUAAAAGUACUAGUGCAAGAGCUACUCCCUCACCUCCCAAUCCCAAUGCACUUUCACGCUCGGGGGCAGAGAGUAACAGCAAAUUAACUGUGAAAGGAGAUUUGGUACAAGACUUAGAUGAAUUCACAAAAAUUAUGGAGAUGGUCACAAAAGAACAGCUAGCCAAAGAAAGACAAGCCACAAUCUCAACAACUCAGCAACAAAUGAACAUAACUUCUCAAAGAGCUCGACGAAUGACGUCACCUCCCCCCUACUACCCUCCUGGAGCCCAGCCCAUCAAUGGAGGACCACCCGUAUCGCAAACAAACUAUUUAAUGCAGCCACAAUUCAAGUAUCCAGUGACACCAGUUCCAAGAAGGGUAUCGCUACCUGAUGGAACUCUAGAGAACAGGCCACUUGCUCGACCUCACUCUCUAGAAAUGCAUAAGAAUCCACGACCUGUGGCUUUGUCUGGAAUUUCUCCCCAUUUGGAUAGCUCAGAAUUGAUGAGUCCCGCGCUUUUGUCGACACCUCGUACUUCUACUCCUGGCUACCCUGACCAUCCAGGACACUACUCUGUGACUGCACCUGAACACACAACAAUGAUCACACAGCCUCCGUGCACACCAACCACCCCUCGUGGCAACUUUUCUGCUUUUUCAAAUCAACAACUAUUAAAAUCCCCUACUCAAGCUCGCCCGUUUUUCCCACAAAAUGGAACCUCUUACCAAUAUCAACGAAAACACUCUUUGCCGGCUGGUUUACCUAACUCGACACCGUGGUCUCAAGCACAGCAAACUCACAACUCCCCACAACAAAAUGAAGCCUGCCUACCCAGAGUCCAUCCUGGCCUGGAGACGAUCACUUCCCACAAGCGACCCCCAACACAAGGCCAGGCCUGGGUCACUGGAGGACAAAUGCGAGAAAUGUCUCUGACAUUGCCGCAGUUCUCAAACCACUAUUCUGUAGUUGAUACUACUCCUGUCCCUAAUACAGGUCUUCCUCCAACCCCUAUGUUGAACUAUCACAAUCACUCAACUCUCUCUUACAGUCGCCAUCACCCACUUUGAUUUGUCUGUUCCUCUAUAAAAUUAUAUAUAGCUAUCAGAUUUUUAGAAUUCUAUUCAUGAGUUUAUCUGUUACCCUGUGAAAUACAAUGUAAAGUUUUGAGGUUUUUCUUACAAA